AUGCCUUCCAUCCGUGCAGUUCAGCAUGGGUCGGCGCUGGAUCAGGUGUCCGUCUCCUCAUGGACCACCUUUGGUGGGUCCUUUUACCAUGCCAUGGUCUUCCCACUAGCGAUCUGCACCCUGCUAUUGGGCUGGAGUGCUCUACCGAGCCGCUCAGCCGAGUGGCCCAUGGGCUUUGGCCGGUUCAUGGUCACCUACUUGAGCGCUUGGACGCUGUGCGUGGCUGCCGAUUGGCUCCAAGGUCCUUAUGUCUAUGCCCUCUAUGAGGCCUAUGGCUUCAGCUCCCACGAGAUUGCGCAGCUCUUCGUGGCAGGCUUCGGAUCGGCCAUGCUUUGCAGCUGCUUUGUGGGUGGUUUAGCGGAUCGCUUUGGUCGGAAAAAAGGUUGCUUGGCCUACUGUAUGCUGUACAUCUUGUCCUGCGCCACCAAGCAUUGGAAGAACUACUGGAUCCUUAUGCUUGGAAGAAUCACUGGAGGCUUUGCGACCUCCUUACUCUUCUCCUGCUUUGAGUGCUGGAUGGUUUCGGAACACACUUGCAAGCACCAGUUCUCCUCCGGCUUACUCUCCUACAUGUUUGGGAUGAAGUUCACCAUCAUGUACUUGGUGGCCAUCGUUUCAGGACUGGUGGCUCAGGUUGGCGUGGACUCAAUCCCCUUUUCACCGGUGGAUGGAAGCAUCCUGUAUUAUGGUGGAAAUGUAGUGGCCUUCGACAUGUCUGCAGCAGUCUUGGUGAUCGCCAUGGUUGUAAUCUCUACAGUCUGGGACGAAAACUAUGGAACACCACUUGAAGAGGCUGCUGAGUCCGAAGGCGAGAGCUCCCUGAAAGAGGCCUGGAUGGCCCUCUUCACUUCUUCGCCUUUGAUUGGCCUUUGCGUGAUCGUGGCCUGCUUUGAAGGUUCGAUGUAUUCCUUCGUCUUCAAUUGGACUCCAUCUUUGGAAACGGCCGGAGAAACGCCGCCCCAUGGUGUGGUCUUUGCGCUCAUGAUGAUGGCCUGCAUGCCUGGGGCCCCAGGUGCAAGCUAA